AUUGUUAACGCUAUUACAUGCUCAAUCUAUAUUACGCAAUGUAGUACAGAAGUAUUUCGCUCAAUACUUUUUGAUUAACAAAAAAAGGUAACACAAUGCAUCGGAUAUAUACAGCAGCACAUAAACAAUUCCAAAUAAAACAGAUGUCUUUUGCAUCGCCUAUUGUGAUGAUUCUGGUACUGAAUAUUUUUUUAGUUGAAGCAGCAAAAGUGUUGCGUAAAGAUGGCUCUCAGAAUAUUAAAUCAACUUGCACAUAUUUCUGUCCAAUUUGUUGCAUCCCAAAACCAGACUCAAUUAAAGAUUUGAAAACAGAUUCAUUACCUACAUGGCUGAUUUUACUGAAAAGCUUUCAAACUCCAAAAGGCGCUUUACAAUUAUGGGAAUCACAUUCAAAUAAAUUGGAAACACAUAAAAAAAUUGAGAAAUUGUUGAACGAAUUAUUUGAUAAUUUUUAAUUCGUAUUCAUUCAGCUUUAAUAAAAAAAAAAGUUUGGACAAUCUUUGUAAACUAAAUAAAUAAAAGAAAAGAAUUAUAGUAUAGAAAAGCUUUUUGAUAACAAACCAAAACGAUAUGAUGAUAAAAACAGGAUAAGUUUGGGAAAAUUAACCAAUCAGGAAAUAUCCUACAUAAAGCAGAGAAUUUUGACUUUUAAAAAGCUAACUCGUAAUUAAACGUGUUAUUUUUAUAAAAAAUAAAUAUAAAAAUAAUUUCUGCACAAAUUCCUGGUUGCAACUUUUAUUUUAUUUUAUUUUUAUUAUAGAAGAGAUUGCAAUAUAUAAAAGAAAAUUUCCAUAUCUGUUGUGCUGCAGAGGCAACUAAAAAUGCUGGUUCAUUGCUUUUUACUUUUAAUUUUAAAGAACGUGGCUGUGAUGUGUAACAUAAAGCAGCAAUGUUACACAAUUCACCUAUCAUACACACAAUACAUAAUUCACCAAUCUACCCACAAUACAUAGCAUAGAUGUAGUGAAGAAGGAACUUUAAUUCAUUAAUUUAUUUUGAUUACUAUAUAAUUUAUUUUGA